AACGCUUGUGCGGAAUACGCAUUGGAAGCGGAAAAACGAUUAGUUCGGGCGAGUGCCGCAAAAGUAUCUCUCAUAGCUGGGUGAAACAACUAAGUGUGCAUCUCAGCUGUUUAUUUUGAAUGAAAACAUCGUGAAAUAAUCGUGAUAAUCGUUUUUUGUUUUGACCCUAUGGACGAAUCGUGCUACAGUUUUAAGGAAACCAUUUUCCAAGCCAACAUCCGAUUCCAGCUGAAUGCGCUUUACUCACUCUCCCACGGUUUCGGUUAGCUUGUAUUUAUUGAUAAAGCCUUUGGCCCGUUAAGGUUGAUCUCUUAAGUAAUAAGAAGAAUACCAUUCCGUGGAACUACUGGCUUGGUUUGGGUGACGCGGCGACAUUUUUGAAAAGGAAGAAAAAGAAACUCGACGUUUGCUCUCAGUGAAUGCUUCUGUGAAGCACAGUAUUUUACACAUAUACACAUUGUAUAAGUGCGUGCAUAGUGUGUGUGUGUGUAUUCAUUCAUUUUGAUUUGCAAUAGUGUUGAAUUAUAGUAUGCCGAGUUUUGGUGGAGUCGAUAUGUGCUGUGUUUGGAUUUGGAAAGUCGGAACUAAAUAAGUAACCUGUUCGUAGAGCAAUUAAUUACAAAAAUAAAUGUAAUUAGGGAGGAAAUAGUUAACAAAGUUUUAUUGUAUGGCUCGAUGGUCCGUGAUUAUUGUCAUUGAAUCGGAUGCAAUGGAAUAAAUUCGUGGCAAGUUGAAGGGACGAAUAGAAACAUGGCUAAUCUAACAAACAUGUCACCUCAGCAAUUUUCGCUGCGGUGGAAUAAUUACACAAACUACAUAGCCGGAGCUUUUGAUGCUCUCCGUUACGAGGAGGACUUUGUGGACGUUACGCUCUGCUGCGAGGGUCGCAAAAUCCGCGCACACAAGAUUUUACUGUCUGCCUGCAGCCCGUACUUCAAAGAAGUAUUCAAGGAAAAUCCUUGCCAGCAUCCGGUGAUCAUCUUUAAAAAUGUGCGCCACAGCGACCUGAUGUCUAUCGUGGAAUUUAUGUACCAGGGCGAGGUGAGCGUCGCCCAGGAUCAGUUGCCAUCGUUUUUGCACACAGCUGAAUUGUUAUCGAUCCGAGGGUUAACCGAUAGCUCGAACGAACCACGGCAACAACAGCAACAGACGGGUUCGUCUGCCUCCAUCGCGCAACAGCUACUACAAUCGCAAGGUCAGACUGCGCUACUGGAAAAGCCUACCACGAUAACGACCGCGGAUUCCCUGUUCCUCACUCUGCCAUCUAACUCAACUAUCGUCCAUCAACCGAAGUUACUGCAGGCGCAAAUACAAACACCGAUCAUCAGUAAAACAAUAAUCAAAGCCGCAACAACCGAGAUGCCGGCCCUGACGACACCCAGUGGUACUAUUACCGUGCCUAUUGCACAGCCGCCACAACAGCAACAGUCGGCGAUUGCUAAGAUCCAAGUGCAAACGUCGCAACAACAGCAAGCCGCUCAACAGUCCCAACAAGUGCAAGUACAGAUGCAGCAAGUCCCACAAGUAGUCCAACAAGUUCAACAAGUACAGCAAGUGCAGCAUGUUCAGCAAGUACAGCAAGUGCAACAAGUUGCGCAGCAAUCCCAGCAACAGCAAUCGCACCUUCAGCCACAAAUUCAACAACCAGUCCAAACGCAAGCCACAACGUUACAGGAAGUAGUCGACAGUGUAGUCCAACCAAAAAAGAAAAAAAUAAAGAUACAGCAGAUUAUUACUUCACAAUCAGCAGCCAGCACUGUACCAGCAAUGACAGUCGCUGUAACUGCCACAGCUUCUGGGCAGUCGGGUGACAGUGACAUUUUUGAACCGGAAGCCUACACCAUCGCGACUACCAAGGUUGAUGCGUCACGUACACAGCAAGAACAACAGGACCAAACUGUUGAAACUUACACGGAAUCAGCUCAAUCUUCGGCUGCAGCACUUAAAAUCGAGAUGCCAGAAUUUAUCAGCGUUGGUGAGGCAAUGACAACUGGAAGCGCGAACAAUAACUCAUUUAUGCAAGAAAGCUACGAAUUAGUUGGUGAAAAUAUAGAGGAUAAAGAUGUCGAUGACGAUGAAAUGGCACAGGACAACAUAGAAAUCGAAGGUUCAGAUAUAGAUAUGAGUCGUAUCUUCCAGGGGUCAUCAGACGAGCAGAAAUCGAACAUAUUGCAAGAAGUGUAUGAGCACAAAAUGAAACCGAAAAAGUUCAAAUGCAAAGAUUGCGACAAAAGCUUCGUCGCCUGGAAAUCGCUCACGAUGCACCAGCACAUACACAGGGGCCUCACGAAAUGCGCUAUCUGUGGCGCAAUCCUGUCACGCACGGCUAAUCUUAAGCGCCACAUGAAGCUGAAGCAUGAAAAAAUUAUAAUGUAGUUUCCUAGCGGUAGUUCACGACCUAUCGCUACUGGCAUCCUUCUAACCCGACGUCAUCCUAUACAUCGGAGAGGUGGGGGGUACAAAUGGGAAUUCGAGACAUAAUGCGAUGAUAGAUAUACUUUUAAGAUGUGGCUACUUGUCCGCAAAAUUGCACAGCACAACUUGCAUAGUAAAUAAUUUCUGUCCCUCCGACAUAGGAAAUGAAUGAAGGAGUUACUGGGGGGCUACAUGAGGCGUGACGUAAUGUUUUUGACAUUACAGAUUAAUGCCAAACUGCUGCGCCUCUGUCAAAACGUUUACGGGUCGGCCGAGGCGUAAACCCCAGCGUAAAUACUUUUUGCAUACGCUUUGCUUACAAGCAAGAUAAUUUAAGUUCUUAUUUGCUGGUAUAGCAACAAUCGUAAAAACGGAAAAAAAAUAUUCAGAAAUCAAUUUAUUUCUCUUCUGUUUCUAUUUUCUCGUACCAAAAACACGAACGUAAGCACGUUUGACAUUUAGUUUUCAUAUUUUUGCUGCCACACGAAGCGUAAACGAUUUGACAUUACAAAUUAAUGUUACGCUAGUUUUCACGCCUCUUGUAGCCCCCCAGUUAUUCUAAAACAGAAAAGGUUAUUCUUGAGUUGCCCUACAAGUUAUACAAAUUUAGAGUACACGUAUGUACGUCGGUUAAGAUUGAAUAGCUCUGAAUCAUGGGUAUGUACGGUAUGGACACUGCAAAACUUACCAUACAGCUUACCAAACUUAAAUACAGCGUCGAAAUUCAUUUUAAUUUAUCUUCAAAUCAGGGAUAAUCAUAGUAAGGGAUAAGUUGACAUCAUCAUAUUCCCAUCAUAAAAUUAUCACAUCAUGUUUAGUUCGUCUCCUUAUAUACAGAUUUCCAGAGCUUCAACUUCAAUUCAUUGUUUGUGUUAUUGCACAGUAUUACGGGGCCUAUUUCAAAGCCUUAUCCUGCAUUUAGGUGAACUCUAUAUGAUUAAUUGAUUUUAUUUUAUAUUUUUCGAUUCACAUUAUUCUUUUCGCUCACCACUGUAUGCUGUAUCCUGGAUCACCAGUCACCCGUUCUUUAGAGCGCUGUUGAAAGUAAUUUACAGUCAAAUGAAGAAUUCUAUGUUGACGAUGAUUUGACGUAAUUUUACAUCGUUUGUGCUGAGCUUUUUCAUGCACGUGUUGUUGCUUGUCUAUCAUUAAAACAAUGCAUAAUUGCUCACAAAUCAUAUUUUACAGACGUUAUAAACAGCAAAAAAUGAUCGAAACUGAUAUUGUUUAUAACCCGGGGUCCACAGUAUGAUAAACUUGGUAAAAAUGGAUGGCAGGCCAAGAAACUAUUAAUCUUUUGCUAGAGUUCCGUGAGUUACUUUGAGUUGCUUUUGGGCGCCUUAUGUCCAUGACAUAUUUCACGCAUUUUUUCAAUGUGAAAGCCUAAUUUCGGCAUGUUUUUUGCCUUUCAAAAAUAUGGCUAGUUUUUCGACAGCGGAUCAGAUUUUGACAAAGACGGCAAUAGAAGGAGAAGGAAAGGAAACUGAAAAAUCAAAGCAAAAACAAGCGAUCUGUCAUUUCACUGACUGGAGCUCACGGAAUUUUUCGCCCAAAAGCUGAUAGUGUGGACGCUAGCAUAUCAAAAAACCUAUAGAGAAAACUCAUACUGUGGACGAGGCAUAAUAGAGGCGCAAAAUUAUGUGCUUAGUUGCCCGAUGUGACAAUUGCAGUCACAGUCAAUAUGGCCUCGAAAUGUCCCUUCCUGUCUCAAAAAUACUUGAUGCUUGAGCAGCUUAUUUUUAAACCCUACUGAGGAAUAAUAAUGACCACACUGGAUGUGCUUAAACGAUUAAGGUAAACAAUAAACGUCAGUAUGCUGUGCAUGAUCAAUUACGAAGUCGUUAUUAAUAAGAUGAAGUGAUGAGAAAGAGGAGGGCUAUCGGAACUUUAUUUUAUUUCGAACUUUUAUUAUUUUAGUCAAUAGAUGGCUUAAGUAACCUGUAUCGCCCGUUCUGUAUGUGUAUGAUUGUGAUCAAAUCCGAUUAUAUCAUAUUAGAAAGAUCUCAGAUUCAGACACAAAGGGUGACACCUUCUCAGGCAAGUUUUUUUUUGGUGACUUAUGUAUAUGUAUAUUCUAUGUAUUGUACGUUACAGACGAUCGCCUACAAAGAGAAUUUACGCACUAUGUUGCUGUUUGUUUUUAAUUUAUAAAACAUCUAAAGAACGAUUGAAAAUCCCAAUAGUGUUUUUUUAAAUACUCUAAAAAACCGUGCACUUUAGGUUUCCUUGUCCCUGUAAAUUUCGUUUCACAGAUAUUUCGCACUUAGAAGACCAAUUGUCGAAAGUAUCGUUAAAUUAUAUGAUUGUGGGUAAUUGUUUGAAUAGUUCAGAUUCAGUAAAGGGUUGACGGUGAGAUUGCUGUUACCCGGGGUCCACAGUAUGAGAAACUUGGUAAAAAUGUAUGGCAGGCCAAGAAACUAUUAAUCUUUUGCUAGAGUUCCGUGAGUUACUUUGAGUUGCUUUUGAGCGCCUUAUGUCCAUGAAAUAUUUCACGCAUUUUUUCAAUGCGAACGUUGAAGCCUAAUUUCGGCAUGUUUUUUGCCUUCUAAAAAUAUGGCUAGUUUUUCGACAGCGGAUCAGAUUUUGACAAAGAUGGCAAUAGAAGGAGAAGGAAAGGAAACUGAAAAAUCAAAGCAUAAACAAACGAACUGUCAUUUCACUCACUGGAACUCACGGAAUUUUUCGCCCAAAAGCUGAUAGUGUGGACGCUAGUAUAUCAAAAAACCUGUAGAGACAACUCAUACUAUGGACGAGGCGUUACACUGGUACUACGAUAAUACAACGGACGCGCCAUAACAACGCCCUGAUUCAAUCUAUCAGCGAGUAGAAUUUUUAACACAUUUGGUCGGUAACGUCAUCAGAACGCAGCGUUCAAUCUAUCAGAACGUAGAAGCGUUCUGGCGACCGGAUUCUAACAAACAGGACACAUCGACAUGCAUGUACAUAUACAUUCAGCAUCAACCAUAAUACAGUUUAAAAUCAUCUUCAAAAUGCUACCUUCCCAAAAAAAACGAUAAAAAAUGGUUUCAAUAAAAAAAUUACUCUCUUCAAAUGAUUGUGGUGAAACGCAGACACCCCUCCAAAAACGACAUCAUACCUGGAUUGACGGUAGUCUAAUUUUUGUUGUAUGUUUGGUGGGACUGGAAGGAAAUUUUCCAUCAUAAAUUGGGAAAACGUAACGAAACGAUUAAUUCGGCACUCUACUUUGUGCAACUCGACCGUUUGAGCGAAGUAAUCUGGAAGUAACAAUAAAUUUACAAUCAGACCAGACUACAAAUAUCUUUGAUGAUUCGUAACAAAUUGAUUGAAUUUGAUUGAGAAGUUUCAAUGCAUUCACCAUAUAGUCCGGACUUUGCAUUGUCUAAACACGACUCGCUUAGAUUUCUGUAAAACUCUCUUAAUGGUAAAAAAUUGACCGAACGAAAAGCCGCUGAAAAUUACUUUACCAAGUUUUUCGCCGAUGGAUAAAACUCCUAUAAAAUGGCAAA